AUGCCUCCCUUCCCAGGCCGAACGAUCAUGUUCGGUCCCUUCAAUGUCACAUCCCAAGUCUUCCACACAACACCCCAUUCCUUCGCGCUCGUAAACCUCAAACCGCUCCUACCGGGCCACAUACUCGUCUCACCGCUCCGCGUAAAAGCCCGCCUCAGCGACUUGACCCAAGACGAAAUCGCCGACCUCUUCCUCACCGUGACGAGGAUUCAGAAAACGCUCGAGAGAGUCUACAAAGCGGACGCGUUCAACGUCGCGGUGCAGGAUGGUGAGGCGGCGGGUCAGACGGUUCCGCAUGUGCAUUGCCAUGUGAUUCCGAGGACGAAGGGGGAUCCUGGGGGAGGGGAUAAGGUGCAUGAGUGGUUGGAGGGGGAGGAGGGGGAUGUUGGGAGGCAUCAGAGGGAGUGGCCGAGGGAUGAGGAUAGGAAACCCAGGGGGAAGGAGGAGAUGGAGAGGGAGGCGAGGUGGUUGAGGGAGGAGUUGGAGAAGGAUCGUGAGGGUGCGAAUUUGUGA